ACGGAGAACAGUAGUCCGCGGGCAAACAAAACCAAAGGGAGAAACAGGGGCCGUGCCUAGAAUAGACGGCCGGGGUCGGGGAGCCCCCAACGUUCCCCAAGCAAUAAAUCCACCCGCCAUUACGCCACGCCCCAAUUGCCCAACAACUCUUCCCCCGUUCCACCACCGCACCGCUUCCACACUCCUCUUGUCUUCCCCCCGACCCGAGAAACACACAGAGGAACAUCCAAGCUGCCGCUGCAGCGCACGCUCCAUCCAGCUAAGCGCCUCCGCCCGCCCAGAAUCCAUCUCGGCCGUGAUCCCCCGCGUUCCAACCGCUGUCGGCUUUCGAGGAGGAUGGACGGCGGUGGUGACGAGUGGUGAAUUGGUGAUUGCUGAGCCGGCGACGGAGGAAUUGGCUAGAGAUCGAUGAGGUGCAAGCUCCACCCGUACGCGAACGCGGUGGGCGUCUGCGCGCCCUGCCUCCGCGACCGCCUCCUCGCCCUCGCCGCCGACCGCGCCCGCGCCCGCGCCGUCGCCGGGGACCAAGCCGACUGCAGCAGCACCGAGGACUGCAGCAGCAGCCGAGGCGCCUCGCCCCCGCACCGGCGCGGCGCGUCGCCCUACGCCGCCGCCCGCCGCUCCGACGCCUGCCUCUACGCCUCCUCCCGCCACCCCCACCACCAUAACCAGCACCAGCCCGAGCUCCUCUUCUUCCGCACACCGCAAGUCGGGCCCGCCGCCUCCUGGACGGCGCCCGCCCUCGCCGGCGACCAUGGCAGCGAGAGGAAGAAGAAUGGUGCCGAGAGGAAGCGCUCCUCGUCGUCCUUCCUGGCGUUGCUCUUCGGCGGGCGGCGGCGGCGCGGCCGGGAGGAGGAGGAGGAGGAAGAAAGGAGCAAGAAGUUCGACCAACACCAGCCUCCCCGGAGGUCAACCUCGUGGAUCUCCGCCAUCGUCCGCCGCAAGCGGAGGCCGGAUCCUGGCGCGUCGUCCCUGCGGCGGCCGGCGGACGAGGAGCCCGAUUCCCCGGGAGCCAGCAGCGCCACCACGACCACCAGUAGCUCCUGGUGGUUCCCCUCGCCUUCCCCGGCCAGGCACCAUCACCACCAUCCCCGGCGCGGCAGGCCCAGAGACAACAACAACAGCGGCGGCGACGGGAACGGGAUGUCGGGGUUUGCGGUGUGCCUGAGCCCGCUGGUCCGGCCCGGCAGCGGCUCCGGCGGGACCCGGCGCCGGUGCCAGGCGGCGCCCGACCUGGGCGAGAGCCACCGGCGGCACCUCUCGGCCGGCAGCGGCGCUGCGUCGUUUGGGCGCAACACCUCCCGGAAGCUCGCCGACGUCGGCAGGUUCCGAUGACGCUUUCUUGGAUUGCCUCGCGCGCUCCUCCAGCCGGCAAAGCUGUCUUUUUCCUCUUUCUUUUCUUUUUUCUUUUUCUUAGUCAAAAUUGUUGUCUUUAUUCCGCAAAAUUUGACCUUCAUUGUUGAUCUCGUCGAUGACGAUGACACGAUGCUUGUCAUUUGUCACCACUCGGAGUGGGAAAAGAAAGAAAACAAAACAAAACAAAUAUGCAGAAAAAUGGAGAUAGCAAUCGGAUGGAAUCGUUUUGUUUUUUGGUUUUUUUGGCUUCUUGUUUGAAUGGGAGUGUAUUUUAUUC